AUGGAGAAACAUGGCGGCACCUCUGCCGACGGCUCGAGGCCAGUCCAACCACCACCUACGCCUCUCCCUACACCUAUUCCCGAGGCGACUGUCACGACAGGAAUGUCACGCAAAGAAGAGGACGAUGUCCCAGCAGAAUAUGACGAGGAGCCAGAAUAUCUCGGUCCACGGGCGUUGACCGUUCUCAUGAGCGCCAUCUUGCUUGUCGUCAUCAUCCUCACCCUCGACCAAUCUAUACUAGCUACUGCCAUACCCAAAAUAACGGACCAGUUCCAUACCAUCGCCGACAUAGGAUGGUAUGCUGCUGCCUACUUGAUCUGCAAUGCCUCCCUACAACCUCUGACGGGAAAAGUGUACACCUACUUCUCACUCCGUUAUGCCUUCCUCAGCUUCGUCUUUGUUUUCGAGUUAGGUUCCCUCCUAUGUGGGGUGGCUCAGUCCAGCACAAUGCUCGUCAUCGGUCGAGCUGUGGCAGGAAUGGGCGGCUCAGGUAUACAAAACGGUGCCCUUACGAUGGUGGCUGUCGCGGCACCACCCUCACAGCGGCCGACAUUGAUGGGCGUAAUCAUGGCCAUGGCUGGAGCAGGACAACUCAUUGCCCCCCUCAUCGGUGGUGCUCUCACUCAACAUGCAACGUGGAGGUGGUGCUUCUACUUGAACUUGCCAAUCGGUGGCAUCGUACUCGCCGUCAUGGCAUGCAUUCAGUUGCCAGCAUAUAAGAACCGAAAAGCAAGUUGGACAUUUCGCGACGUCGUCCGCGAUUUUGACAUUACAGGUUUCAUAAUCUUCGCACCAGCCUGUGUCAUGCUCUUGCUUGCCCUUGAAUGGGGUGGUUCGACAUACCCAUGGUCCUCGGCGAAGAUCAUCGGGCUUUUUGUUGGCUCCGCCGGUACAUUUGUUGCUUUCUUCAUCUGGGAAUACAUCCACGGCGAGAAUGCCAUGAUUCCACUGACGCUGAUGACCAUGCGCGUGGUGUACAGCAGCAUGUUGGCCACAUUCUUCCAGUUUGGCGGUCUUCUUAUUUUUUCUUACUACCUGCCUCUAUGGUUUCAGGUUAUCAAACACGCCAGCCCAACCCUGAGUGCUGUAUACAUCCUGCCGACAUUCGUGUCACAGAUAGUGUCAGCGAUAUUGAUCGGUGUACUUGUUUCGCGUGUCGGCUAUGUCGCGCCACCGACAGUCGUGGGCUCCAUCCUAGCAGCACUGUCAUCAGGGUUGAUGAGCACCUUCAAAGUCAGUACCGGGACUGGGACUUGGAUAGGAUAUCAGAUCAUCAACGGCGUGGGUCGAGGUAUGGCCAUCUCUCUGCCUAUCCAGGCUGCACAAUCCGUGGUGAAGCCAGACAUGGUACCAACAAUCACGGCCUUGAUCGCCUGGUCUCAAACAUUCGGCGGUGCAAUCUUCAUCGGCCUUGCGCAGACGGCAUUUAUCAAUCUUUUGAAGAGUGCACUGAGUACCCGCGCACCAGGUGUGGACGCAAACGUGGUCAUUGCCGCUGGUGCAACAGACUAUCUUGCCCAACUUGCCGCAAAAGGCGAUUUGGCAACGAGACGCGGAGUUUUGCUGGCCUACAAUGAAGCCAUCACGAAGACAUUCUAUCUGGCAUUAGGAUGUACGCUUGCUGCAGCCGUUGCCAGUGUGGGUAUCUGGAAGACGAGAGUCGAAAGAAAAAAGAAGCCUGUCAAGGAUGACCCGGAGGGAGCGGGUGAAGAGUCAGGAGCGAAGGAGGACAUCGCCUCCGAUGCUGUUAACAAACCCGACGGGGAGAAAACUCAUCGCUAUUCUAACAGCAGCCAGAAACCAUCACCACACAGUAACGAGCUUGACGGACCGGUCGAGACAGAUGUGUCCGAGGUAACAGGAGCAGUCGCUGCCCAAAAAUAAAUAUUACAAAACAGGAGAUGGAUGGGGUUUUGUUUUAACAUUUCGGCGUUUUCUAGAAUUGAUCGAUUGAGCGUUGAUUGUCGUUGGAAGUAAAGGUGGAUCAAUGUCUGCAUACAAUUUAACAAGCUUGGGAUGGGUAUCAACGGUCGAUAUUCUGUACUCUCGCACAGUCGAGAUGUUUGUUUUCUAUGUAAUAAAGGGAUCAGGGAUAAGACACUAGAUUGUAUUGAGUCUAAAAUAUUCAUAGAGUGGUGUAGAG